AUGCAAUUGUUUUCCGUGGUUGUCGGAGAAGGUCACGUUUAGGACUCGGGAAGAGGGUUGCGUAACUGUCGCUUUAAAGAAGGGUUUAAAAAAGUUAAGUAGCUGAUUGGUCAGUGUGUGUAGUCAAUUUCUGAUAUGAUAAUUGUAGCAAACAUCUUGUCCACAGGUUCUAAAUUGAUGACGGAUUUCUUUACUUCGAAAUCAAAAGGAAUCUCUGGUGUUCAGAGCAGUACAGCUUCCAGUAGUGUUUCAAGUGUUUCUUCCAGCUCUUUACAGUCCUCACUAUUAUCAUCUCUAAUGACAGAAGAAAAUAUGGACAAGGUGAGUAAGCUAGGGGUAGGCAUAUAACACAAUACUGAAAACAUAAAUUCACUUUACAUGAAGAAAAAAGGUUAUUGUACAACAUAUGAGUGCUUGAAGUGUGUUAACAAGGGCUGUCACUUCUAUUGAAAGUUUAUUACCUGAUUGUUCUUAUUUAUCAGAUUGUAUCUGAAACAAAAGAUCAAACAGAAAGAGAAUUUCGCUCCAGGCUGAGGAGAUCUAUUGUGGCAUCAAGUACCGCAUCUGUUUCGUCCGCAAAGCGAGCUAGAUUAGAAGAACCACAACAAUCUAAUAUUCCUGUAGAGAAGAUAGUAAUUGAAAAUAACCUUAAGUUUGGAGAACGAGAAAUACAAAUGAUGAAGUCUGUGAAAGAAGUAUUGUUUGCAUCUUCCGUCUCGACAACCAAUUCGAUAUCUGUUGUGGUAGGCCAGAUGAGGAUGAGAAUGUCUGAGUUGGAAGAACAAUCUAUGCGUUUCUGCAAGAACCUUUUGGAUAUGACAAACACAACCCCAAGCAUGGCAAUGAGCAUGACAACUAUCCAAUCCUUGCUUCAGCACACGGUUGAGGAGCACGCCCUUGAUGAAGUUUAUAUUGCCAAAAUCUGUGAACUUCAGGAUCAGUUAAGAAAUAAGGAUAUGGUCAUGGAGGAAUUGAAAACGCUUGUCACAGAAAGAGAUGUAAACCGGUUUGUUCCUGACAUUGUAAUCAAAGUAGCGUCUCUGUUGGAUAAUCCAAGUGAUGACUGUGCUAUUCUUGCAUCGAUUUUGAAAAACUUAGUUGAAAACCAAGCAAAAAAUGUUAAGCGUUGGAAUGAAGAGACAAAAUCGCUUUUCGCAACAAUUUUAGACAAUGGAGGUCCACCUCUUGCCAGGAUUGUUACGGAGAAGUUGAGUGGGCCCAGUCUUCAGACAAUGUAUCGCAGUGCAAGGUCCGACUAUGCUAUACCAAUGACAUUACAAGAGCGCACAUUAGAACGGGCAGCACAUUUAUAUCAAUCAAUUGGUUAUCGUGGAGUGUUUGCUCUGGCAGUAGACGCAACAUUCGUACCUUAA